AUGGCCACCGGAGGUAUAACCAUAGAAACCAUACCAGAGGAACUUCCACUUGACUUUCUGAAGAAAAUUACGAAUAACUUCUCCAGCGACAGUGAUCAUCUGAUUGGAACAGGAUCAUUUGGGUCAGUUUAUAGGGGGUUUCUGGAUAAUGGCGAGGUGAUUGCUGUGAAGAAACUCGGGGAAGAAUCACCUGUGCCACGUGACAAAGUAUUUGCAAAUGAGGUUAAGAAUAUUAUGGUGCUCGAACAUGAAAAUAUUGUCAAGUUGAUAGCAUACUGCUAUGAAACAAACAACAGAUUGGUGCUGAGCAAUGGAAGACACAUUAUUGCAGAGAUUACUGAAACUUUACUCUGCUAUGAAUACUUAGCUAAGGGUGGCCUCGACAAGAAUCUUUUCGGUGAACCCAGUAUUGACUGGGAUACACGGUUCAAAAUAAUAAAGGGGAUUUGUGAAGGUGUACAUUUUAUACAUACCUUACCUAGUCCCAUUCUCCAUUUGGGUCUGAAGACUCAAAAUAUAUUGCUGGAUGACAACUUGACACCAAAACUUUCGGAUUUUGGAUUCGCCAGAAUAUUUGGGGAAGAAUACACCCGAAUAAACACAAGAAGUGUUGUGGGACAUGUUGGAUACAUGGCCCCAGAGUAUCUAUAUAAUGGUGAAAUCUCGGCCCGUUCGGACAUAUAUAGUUUAGGCCUAAUUAUAUUGGAGAUCUGCACGAAAGAGAAGAAUAGUUCCAGCACUGACCAGAAGCAUGCAAGGAAAUAUAUUGACGGGGUAAAAAAACAUUGGUUCCAAAUAGAACAAAUAAUGGCCGAGUAUUCCGAUUUAGAAGAACAUUGUUUUGACCAAAUAGAAGGCUGCAUACAUAUUGGACUAGAAUGUGUGGAGCUUGAUCAGAAGAAGAGACCUUCCAUAGAGCACAUUGUGAACAAGCUCAAUAAUCUCCCAACUGAGAAUAGUUAA